GCAGGUGUAGUUGUCGGAAGCUGCAGAUUUACUACUGCUACAUGACGCUACAGAAUACAGGAUAAGAGGCCAGCAGCGUGUAGCGGCUCCCAGCAGUGAUAGUGGCCCACAGCCUCUCUUUCAUUGUGUGCUGUGGUGCUUCAGCCUCACCGCUCAGCUCAAUGGCCGGCUUCAGCUUCAGCCCCAGCUCCGUGUGUGUGCUGCUCCUGUGCUCUGCCGUGGUCCUCUCAAAGCCGACUCUCCGCAAAGAAAGGGUCCUCCACGACCCAGAACUGAGCAGGCAAGCCCACGAAGACAACAGGAGCUUCCAGUACGACCACGAGGCCUUUCUGGGGAAAGACGAGGCCAAAACAUUUGACCAGCUCACCCCCGAAGAGAGCAAGGACAGGCUGAGUAAAAUCGUGGACCGAAUAGACAGCGAUGGAGAUGGCUACAUCACGACGGCUGAGCUGAAAGCCUGGAUAAAACGUGUGCAGAAGCGAUACGUGUAUGAAAACGUAGCAAAGGUGUGGGCAGACUAUGACCUGAACAAAGACAACAAGAUCUCAUGGGAUGAGUAUAAACAAGCCACAUAUGGAUACUACCUCGCCAACCCAGAGGAGUUCGAUGAGUCCACAGACCAGUUCAGCUUCAAGAAGAUGCUUCCUCGUGAUGAGAGGAGGUUUAAAACGGCUGAUCUGAACGGAGACCUGGCAGCAGACAGAGAAGAGUUCACAUCUUUCCUCCACCCUGAAGAGUUUGAACACAUGAGGGAUAUUGUGAUUCUGGAAACUCUGGAGGACAUUGACAAGAACGGCGACGGACAUGUGGACGAGGACGAGUAUAUCGCGGACAUGUUUGCUCACGAGGACGGGGGUCCAGAACCAGACUGGGUCAAGACCGAGAGGGAACAGUUCUCUGACUUCCGAGACUUGAACAAAGACGGGAAGAUGGACCAGGACGAAAUCCGACACUGGAUCAUGCCGCAGGAUUAUGACCACGCUCAGGCGGAGGCCAGACACCUGGUGUACGAGUCUGACCAGGACAAGGAUCAGAUGCUGACUAAAGAGGAGAUCCUCGAGAACUGGAACAUGUUUGUUGGAAGUCAGGCCACCAACUACGGCGAAGACCUCACCAGGAGCCACGAUGAGCUCUGAGGUCUGGAUCAGCGCUCCGCUGGUGUGUGAAGACGCUUCAGUUAAAAGUCUCGUCUUCACAGCCUUCAGCUCCAGACUCCCGCGCCUCCUCCCACCGCCCCGCCGGCGGUGGGACAGAUGUUUGGGGUUUCAAGCCAACUCUAGAGACUAAAUAUGAGGACGAAUAAGAGUCGGUCCUGAACCUGAGGGUCUGUUUCGGUCUACACAGCCGUGGUUUUGUUCCUGACAUUCAGGAGCGAGCCCAAGACCCACGGGACGUACUUUCCAUCGUUGGUGCCUUCCAGCUGCAUCGCCGGCUUCACUGCCUCAGAGAUUUGAAUAGAUAGUCUUGUUGAGAAUAGGAACAGCAGUUUUAAUGUGAAACCACAGCUCAGAACGUUUCUGUAUUUAUUUAUCAAAUACCUUCCAAAUCGUUCGGUUUGAAAGGAAUCCGCUGUUGAGCUACAGAUCUUUUUUUAAACUAAAAACACAAGUGAUGUCUCUUUGUUUACAGCCUUUACUGUUCUAAUGACUUUAAUGAUAAACGUUUUAUUCAUCAAAUGCUUUAAGAACUGUUACUGAACUCAUGUUUAUUGGCAUGUUUUUUUGCACGUGUUUGGUUUUAGUGUCGCCUGUGAACAACUCUUCCCUUCAGACUUGGUUUGAAAUGUAUUUAUUUCUAUACUUUAAAUUCCUCCUCCACUACAAAAUGUGUUUUUUUUUUGUUUUUGUUUGUUUGUUUGUUGUAACAAUGGUCAAAUGUUUCAGUUAAGGAAUAAUUUAUGUGCAGAGAUAAAGAGGAGGAAAUACAUCUGUGGUCUCUGAGCAAGUCCUGUAGAAAUGGUUUGUUCGGUGUGUGGGGAUUAGAAAUCUCAUUUACUGAAGAGGCCUGUCCAGUCCAGUGUAAACAGGUAUUAUCCUGAAUUCUCUCCACAGGAACACCCUCUGGACAUUUACUACAUAGUGAAACUUAAGUCAUCUUCUGCGCAUUAAUGAAUUCUUAGGAGCUAAAAAAACAAAAAAAACAAAAAUGCAUAUUCACGUAUGCAGCACAAUUCAUGUUAGCAUUGCUUUUCAAAUGACAUUUUACAUGGUUAAAUCAUGAAGCAAUAUUCAAAGAAAAGUAUUUUAAAAUGAUUUACUGUGUGGAAAAAAAACAAAGCUAACUUUUUUAUUUAACCGUUUCUGAUGUUGCAGUUGAGCUUCACCAGUUUACACCUGUUCUUCAAUUAAGGUUGAGUUUUCUAAGUACAUCAUUGGCCUGAACAAAGGGGAAUAAAAUAUUUCCUGCCCUUGUAUCUCACUUGACUCCUU